UCUCUUUCCAUUCUCAUCUUCAAGACGGCAAGAAGAAUAGAAUAAGGGGAGGAAGAGAAAGAGAUUUAAAAAAUAAGAUAGUUGGUUUCUUUUAGGCCACUCCAGGAGGUUGUGAAAUGUGAUAAUACACACCUUCCUGGGGGUAGGCUUGUUGAACUUGUUCUCCUGAUUCAAUUCAACCAGAGAUCUCUAACUCCUUAUUUUGUAACUUGGUUUGUUAAAUAUUUCUUUUUUUUUAUUCUAUACUCGUAAUGGGUUGGUUGGUAGUGUUCAACUUGUGACGAAGCCGAAGAUUGUUUGAAUUUUUGUUUUAACUCUUUUGCUGGAUAGAGCUGCCGGAGACGUGGCCUUUCCCGGCAGUUUCCAAUCCUCCGGUUUGUUUUUUAUUAUUAUUUUUCUUUCUAUUAAACCUCCCCCGUGUUUUUUACCAUCGUUGGCUUUAUAGCUGUCUGAGUCUCUUCUCUUAUAAAACUCGACCCGAUUAGACCCGUUAGAGCAUAGAGAAAGGGGAGAGAUUUAUGACAACAAUGAGGGAGUACUCACCGGUAAAGAAGUCGGGUUGUGGUAUUAUGAUGUUUUACACUGGAGUUUUCCGACGCCGGAGAGCCUUGCCGAGAAGAUCAGCCUCUACAAGCGAUAUUCCCACGCCCGACAGCGAUAAUGUUCACCAGCUCACAACCACCACUCCGAAGAGGAGACGAGGAGGCUCCGACGAGACUGCUUUCAUUGACACCUCUAAUUUGACCGACCCUCCGCAAAAACUACCGGACAAGCCCGUCCAUAAAGCUACCCCAAAUCAUCGAAAGACCCAUUCUUACCAUCAACAGAACCAAACCAGAAAACCUUCGGACGGAAUUACGACAAGUUCGACGUCCUCGACCGAUUCAAGCCAAACGUCAUCGACAACAACAACAACAACAACAAAGGUUUCACCAACGCAAGGUAGAAAGGUACCCAAGGAAGCUAUUGGCAUCUCCGGGGAGCUCGAUAGCAUGAUCGCUGAUCACCAGAAAUCCAAGGCAUGUAAUACUUUGGUUCGAGCUUCUUCAGGUAAUGUAAUGCUCUAUGGUCAUUUGGGUAACUUAAGGCAGAAAGGAGCCGGCAAUAUGAAUUCACAUAACCUUCCCAAUUCUACCACGAAUGUUCUUGAGCAUCUACCUAAAACUGCACGAGAGACGAAUUUGGCCAUCAACGGCAGAAAUAACAGUAACAGUGUAAUGGGUAAUAUAGUAAGGACGGAGAAACAUCAUCCCAAGGAGCAGACAGGGUCUCUGUGUCUAGCUCCUUCCAAUAAGUCGGACCCCGAGGAAUUGAAAGCGAAGGGAAACGAAGAAUAUAAGAAGGGGAAUUUUGCAGAGGCUCUGGCUUUGUACGAUCAAGCUAUCGCUAUCGACCCAAAUAAGGCUUCUUACAGGAGCAACAAGAGCGCUGCAUUGAUGAGCAUGGGUCGGCUUCUCGAGGCGGUUUUUGAAUGCAAAGAAGCCAUUAGAAUCGAGCCUUCAUAUCAGAGAGCACAUCACCGUUUGGCAACUUUGUAUCUAAGAUUGGGAGACCCAGAGAAAUCUUUGUAUCAUUACAAACAUUCAGGACCCGAAGCCAACUCUAAUGAGAUUACCCAAGUUCAAGCUCUUCGAACCCAACUCGACAAGUGCACCGAAGCUCGCAAGCUGAAGGAGUGGAAGAUGCUGUUAAAAGAAACUGAGUGCACACUAUCCUGCGGUGCGGAUUCAGCUCCACAGGUUUUGGCGUCCAAAGCCGAGGCCUUGCUGAAGCUCCACAGGCACGAAGACGCGGAUACAACGUUAACCAAUGGACUGGCUUCUGACAUGGACGCUUAUACUAAGUUCUAUGGCCCCGACGAUAGCGCUUAUCUAUUACUAAUACGAGCCCAGGUUGACAUGGCCGCCGGCAGGUUCGAGGACGCGAUUGAAGCGGCUCAGAAAGCAGCUCGACUAGACUCGGGUAACAAAGAGGUAGGUCUGGUUGUGAGGAGGGCCAGAGCCGUGGCCUCGGCUCGAUCAAAUGGUAACGAGCUCUUCAAGGCCUCAAAGUUCUUGGAGGCGUCAGCGGCGUACAGUGAGGGACUGGAGCACGAUCCGCUCAACUCGGUCUUGCUCUGCAACAGAGCCGCUUGUCGAUCCAAACUGGGUCAGUUUGAGAAAGCCGUUGAAGACUGCACCAGAGCGUUAGAGUUGCGACCAUCUUACGGUAAGGCCAGAUUACGAAGAGCCGACUGCAAUGCUAAGCUGGAACGGUGGGAGGCUUCGAUACAGGACUACGAGAUGUUGAUAAGGGAAACGCCGGGAGACGAGAAGGUCGGCCGGGCGUUGUUCGAGGCCCAGGUCCAGCUCAAGAAGCGGCGGGGCGAAGAUGUGAAAGACAUGAAGUUUGGUGCUGACGUGGUCGUCGUUGCCAACAACGAGCGUUUCAGACACUUGGUGACGUCGCCUGGAAUGUCGGUUGUGCUUUUCUGCAACAAAUCGAGCGACAAUCAAACAUUUAACUUCAUGCAGCAACUAUGCAAGAAAUACCCUUCUGUCAACUUCCUCAAGGUGGAGGUUGAGGACCACCCCUACUUAACAAAAACAGAGGGCGUGAGUGCAGUACCAAGCUUCAAGAUAUACAAGAACGGGUCAAGAGUCAAGGACAUCCCCGGAAACAACCACGAAUUGUUAGAAAGCUCAGUCAAAUUCUACAGCAGUUGAUAAAUUCACGAUUCCCAUCCCACUGUUACAUUUCAAAGACACAUUAGAGAGAGAUUACACUUAAAAGAUAGAAACAAAAGAAAGAAAUGCAUUGUAUGUUCACUUCCUUUCCUUUCCUUUCCUUUCUAAAGAAAAGAGAAUGGAGUAGAGCUCCCACUAAGAGAAAACAAUGGCAAAAGAUUGGUCGUCCUUGCUUCUUUGUCUCCAAGGAAUCAGAUGGCGUUGCAGUCAGGGAACAGAGAAUGAAGAACAACAGGACGGAGGGGGACACGGAAGAUUAGAUUAAACUAAUCAAACAAGAAAAGAAGAGUGAAAGGCAGGAUUCUGUUGAGUAUGUGUGUAUAUGUGUGCAUGUAAUGACAAUGUAUGGACGACAUAUCUAGUGGAAUGAAGAUACUUGGUUGUUUAUUUUAGGGUGCGUUUAUGUUUUUUUUUUUAAAGGGUUGGUUGGUGCAUUGGUGGGAGGUUCUUAUUGUAAGAUUAAAUGAAGCAUGCAUUUGAAUCUUUUUUCUUC